AUGUCUCCUAUCAGAGGCCGCAGUCGUAGUGCCAAUUCUAAUGACAGGCAGACAUCAGACAACUCUGACAGCCCUUCAUACAAAGAAAAACGCAAUCGUAACAACCAGGCAGUAAAGAAGUCUCGAAUGAAAGCUAAAAGCCGCACCACAGAAAUGGAGGGCAGAGUGAAGGUGCUAAAGGAAGAAAACGACAAGUUACAAACCAAAAUAGAAUUUUUACAAGAGGAGCUUGAGAGGUUAAAAAACACCUUCAUCAAUCAUGCAGAUACUAAACACGGCGUUGACAUCAACCCUGAAGAGUUGGAUUCAGUUUUGGAAGCAACGGGACCUGGUGCUGUAUCUGACACAGUGCAGCGCCUCAUCCAACAUGUUGAGGGAGCAGCUAACAGCAGUCCAGCUUGGCGAUAG